AUGAAGUCUCCCGGUGGCCAGGAACGGCCUAGUUCGCAUGCGCGGGGCGGGGCGGGGCGGCGCCGGGGGCGGGGCGGCGCGAGCGGCGGCCCGGCCGGCCUGGUUGGUGUUCGCAGUUACCCCUUCGCAGGCCAAUUCCCGGCGCCGCCGCCCGCCUCUGGGUCCCUGAACUGCCCCGGCCAGGCCCGGAGCGAUACCGCCGCCCUGGCACAGCCACCGCCACCACCGCCGCCGCCGGCGCAGACAUCGCCGGGGCCGGUGAAGAUGGGCGCGGUCCCCAACCGCCGCCUGGGCAGUGUCCGCGGCGUGCCCAUGUCUUCGCCGCCAGGGCGCCGGGCCCGCCUGUCGUCCCCCGGCACCGGCCGCUCGUCCUCCGAGGCCCGCGAGGAGCUGCGGCGCCGCCUCCUGGGCCUCAUCGAGAGCAACCGAGUGAUGAUCUUCAGCAAGAGUUACUGCCCGCACAGCGCGCGGGUUAAAGAACUGUUUUCUUCUUUGGGAGUUGAAUGUAAUAUCUUGGAACUUGAUCGAGUUGAUGAUGGGGCCAAUGUCCAAGAAGUGCUGUCAGAGAUUACUAAUCAGAAAACCGUGCCCAAUAUUUUUGUGAAUAAAGUGCAUAUGGGUGGAUGCGAUCGAACUUUCCAGGCCCAUCAGUGUGGCUUAUUACAGAAGCUCCUUCAGGAAGAUGCAGCAUUCGAAUAUGACCUCAUUGUCAUUGGGGGAGGUUCUGGUGGCCUUGCAUGUGCGCAGGAAGCCGCCAUCUUGGGAAAGAAAGUUAUGGUGCUAGACUUUGUGGUCCCGUCACCUCAGGGCACGUCCUGGGGUCUUGGCGGGACUUGUGUAAAUGUUGGCUGUGUUCCUAAGAAACUGAUGCAUCAAGCUGCCCUUUUGGGGCAGGCAUUAAGUGACGCCAGGAAGUUUGGCUGGGAGUACAGUCAACAAGUGAAGCACAACUGGGAGACGAUGACAGAAGCGAUUCAGAAUCACAUUGGCUCUCUAAACUGGGGCUACAGGUUGUCCUUGAGGGAGAAGGCCGUGGCCUAUGUCAAUUCCUAUGGAGAAUUUGUUGAACAUCAUAAAAUAAAGGCAACCAAUAGAAAAGGACAGGAAACUUACUAUACUGCUGCAAAAUUUGUCCUAGCAACAGGUGAAAGGCCCCGCUAUUUAGGAAUCCAAGGAGAUAAAGAGUACUGUAUUACUAGUGACGACCUGUUUUCUCUGCCUUAUUGCCCUGGCAAAACAUUAGUGGUGGGUGCAUCUUAUGUCGCUCUGGAAUGUGCAGGGUUUCUUGCUGGCAUUGGCUUAGAUGUCACAGUUAUGGUGCGCUCAGUCCUUCUUCGUGGCUUUGAUCAAGAAAUGGCAGAGAAAGUGGGUUCCUACAUGGAGCAACAUGGUGUUAAGUUCUUAAGAAAAUUUGUACCUGUGAUGGUUCAGCAGUUGGAGAAAGGUUCACCCGGAAAGCUGAAAGUAGUGGCUAAAUCCACUGAAGGACCAGAAACUAUUGAAGAAGUAUAUAAUACAGUUUUAUUAGCAAUUGGUCGUGACUCCUGCACAAGGAAAAUAGGCUUGGAGAAGAUUGGUGUCAAAAUCAAUGAGAAGAGUGGCAAAAUACCAGUAAACGAUGUGGAACAGACCAAUGUGCCCUAUGUUUAUGCUGUCGGGGAUAUUCUGGAGGGUAAACUUGAGCUCACACCCGUUGCCAUACAGGCAGGCAAGUUGCUGGCUCGCAGACUUUUUGCUGGCUGUUUGGAAAAGUGUGAUUAUGUUAAUGUUCCAACUACAGUGUUUGCUCCUUUGGAAUACGGCUGCUGUGGAUUGUCCGAAGAGAAAGCUAUUGAAGUGUAUAAAAAAGAGAAUCUUGAGGUGUAUCAUACUUUGUUCUGGCCUCUUGAAUGGACAGUGGCCAGCAGAGACAACAAUACUUGUUAUGCAAAGAUAAUUUGCAAUAAAUUCGACAAUUAUCGGGUGAUAGGAUUCCAUGUUCUUGGACCGAAUGCCGGUGAGAUCACCCAAGGGUUUGCGGCCGCAAUGAAAUGUGGGCUCACAAAGCAGCUACUUGAUGACACCAUUGGAAUUCAUCCCACAUGUGGUGAGGUGUUUACAACUUUGGAAAUCACGAAGUCGUCGGGACUAGACAUCACGCAGAAAGGCUGCUGAGGCUAGCCCCGCUGCUGUUUGGUUUUCCUUGUCCUAUUCCCAUUUCUCUUGAAGAUAAGAAUGCCCCCCGGGUAAAGUGAGUCGGUGCUCAUGCACCUGCUCUCCUGCACGGGGCCCAGUGCUGGACUUCCCUUCCCAGCACAGAGAUGAGAAAGACGAGGAGGCAGGACGGCAGCGGGCGUGUGCUCAGCGGGCUCGGCUUGGCUGGGAGAGGCAGUUGGGCUGCCUCCUUGACGUUUUAGCUCGGAACCCGUUGUGAGGUGAGCUAAGGCCGAUGCUCUUCCAUGUCAGAAUCGAGCUUCCCUCCGAAGGACCUUGCAAGCGCACAACUAAUCCAAGUUAACUUUUCUGGUUGCUAGUGUUUUUAUCCCCUUGCUUUGUUGUUUCUCUGAAAGUGUUUUCUCAGUGUCGAAGCUGACUGUAAAGUGGUGAGCCUCCAGUAUGUGGGCCUGGAAUUCCAUGUGGUCACUGGUGUGCGGUGUCCUAGAAAUGCCGUCGCGUAGCUGGCCGUGGGCGUGGGUGCACGAGUAGGAGGUUGCGCACACUGUGUAGAGUUCAGUCAGCCGGAUCCAGCGUACCCACCAUCAGACUCCCGCCUCGUGCCUCACCCUCUCUGGGUUCCCAGUGGCGACAACCUCGGAGUCCUCUCUUAUUAGUGUCUCAUGUCAGAGACACGCUCGAAUUUCUUCUCUACGUUGAUCUUAAUAAUAUUAAAAAGUUUUCAAUACUG